GGAAUGUCACGAUGACAGUUGUCAAAUUUUGCUAAUAAAAUGGCGUCAGUUUUCAAAUAAUUAUUAUUUUGAAUGUCGAUUGAUAUCGUUGUUGAAUCGUGUGUUUUAGAUUGUCGUUUUUAAUUUAUAAUCGUUAGCAAUGUUGCUGAAGUGUGUGCUAGCUAUUUUUACGAUUGCUAACGCUGUGUCUGGGUCAUCGCGUUCCGCCUCUCAUGGAGAUAGCAAACAUAAUAAGUUAAUCAAAGGAAACUCCCUCAGUGUACACUCUGCAAACAGCAAGUCAUACGGUGUACAAGUGUCUCCGAGCCAUAAUUUCGCCUGUGUCUUUUCUGUUGAAGAAGGAGGAGAUCAGAACAAGAUGUCGUUACAGCGUCUGACCACGCUCAGAGCGAUCAUGUCGAGUCAGCCUCGACCGCUCGCCGCCUACAUCAUACCUACUUGCGAUGCCCAUAAUUCGGAAUACAUAGCUCCAGUGGACGCUCGCCGGGAAUGGAUCUCAGGAUUCACUGGCUCAGCUGGCACCGCGGUGGUGACCCCAAGCGCGGCCCUGCUGUGGACCGACGGCAGAUACUACACGCAAUUCGAACAGGAGGCCGACCUGUCGCUUUGGACGUUGAUGAAGCAAUCGCUGCCUGAAACCCCGACUAUGGAGAAAUGGUUGGUGACCAAUCUGACAGAGGGCUCUGCGGUCGGCGUAGAUCCUCACACCUUCAGCAGAGAGGAGUGGAAUCCGUUGCAGUCAGCGCUAUCGAAACACAACAUGGUCCUCCUACCGGUUGGAUCCAAUCUAGUGGACGAGGCGAGGAAGCAGUGUGGGGAACAUCUACCUCUGCGGCCGUGCAACGACAUUAUCGCGUUACCUCUCAAGUUUACCGGUAAAUGUGCCGGUGAUAAGAUUUCAGAGCUCCGUGCCAAAAUGGAAGAGAAGAAGGCUUCAGCGCUGGUCAUCACUGCUUUAGAUGAAGUUGCUUACACGCUGAACCUCCGCGGCAGCGACAUAGAAUACAACCCGGUGUUCUUCUCGUACCUUAUAAUCACGCCGACCGCCGUGCUCCUGUUUACGGCCAAGGAGUUGACGGCGGCUCUCUGUCUCCAAUUGGCUGAAGAAAAUGUCCAUUUGCAGUGGUACCCGUAUGACAGCGUCGAGGAACAUUUGAAGACUAUGGCUAAAGAGUUAAGUGAGACGGGAUGCAAGCAUUCUAUCUGGCUCUCCAGUGACUCUAGCGAGGCGAUACAUAGAGCCGCUUCGGGUGCGGACAUCUUGGCGACCCCUUUAAACAUAAUAUCUGAAGUAUCUCCCGUCAGUCUCAUGAAGCUUACUAAGAACGAUGUCGAACUACAAGGUUUCCGCGACUGCCACGUCCGCGACGGUAUAGCGGUGGUCCGACUACUGAAGUGGCUGCACGAAGAGAUCGACAGCGGCAAGGAGGUCACAGAGAUACAGGCCGCGGACAAACUGCUCGAGUUCCGCAAGGACGAGGAGCACUUCAUGGGCCCAUCAUUCUCCACCAUCCCCGGGUCUGGGGCCAACGGGGCCAUCAUCCACUACUGCCCCUCUAGGGACGGCGCGCAGAAAGUUAUCGAGAAGGAGGACAUGUUCAUACUCGACUCUGGUGGACAAUACAUGGACGGUACGACGGACAUAACCCGCACCCGCCACCUGUCCCGGGCCCCCACCACGGAGCAGAAGACGGCCUUCACCCGCGUGCUGCAGGGACAGAUCAUGGUCGGCGCCUCGCUGUUCCCGCAAGGGGUCAAGGGUAACGUACUAGACAGUUUCGCCCGCCACGCCCUGUGGGAGGUGGGUCUGGACUACGCGCACGGCACGGGCCACGGCGUGGGACACUUCCUCAACGUGCACGAGGGACCGUGCGGCGUCUCCUGGCGGCCCUACCCGCACGACCCGGGACUCAAACCCGGACAGGUGCUCAGCAACGAGCCUGGCUACUACAAAGUGGGUGCGUUCGGUAUUCGCCACGAGGAUCUGGUGGAAACCAUCCGGGUCACGAAGGAGACUGAGCAUCCCAGGGCUGCAGGGUUACUGGGAGACUUCGACGGUCGCGGCGUCCUCGGGUUCCGUACGCUGACUCUUGUACCGCAUCAGAGGGACUGCAUUGAUCCCUGCUUGAUGUCCGACUUCCAGUUGCAAUACUUGAAUAACUAUCACAAGAGGGUGUUUGACACGCUGGGGCCCAUUCUGAAGGAGAGGCGUCUCCACGACGAGUAUACUUGGCUGCAGAACGAGUGCGCGCCUCUCAUUAGAGGAACAAACUAAUAUAUCGGGUCGGCGACGGGACCGUACAUAAUGUUAUGUAUUACUUAAGAAGUUGUAUACUUUUGCAUAUUAUAUAAAGUACAAUAGCUCAUUAAAUUAUAUAUAACUAAUAUAUAGCAUUUUAAAUA